UGUAAACAAACUGCUCCGGAGCAAACUUCAAAUAAUUCUCCUCGCAAUCCUCGCGAUUCCGUAAAAUUUCGCGACUUCAGCGUCUUUCCCAGGCUUGAAAUCCGACCCAACUUAGCGAGUCGCACGUUCAACAAGCUCCUCGUGCGAUUGCACUUUUAUUCCGCGUGAAAUGCGGUGAUUUUUUCACCAUUCCGCGAGUUUGGAAGCAGAGGCGCCCUUUACUUAAUCGAACGGAAAGUUCCGUUUCGCCAAAAUUAGCGAUUUGAGCAUUCCGAGUUGCGUUCAGCACGAUGGGAAAGUUCUCCGGUGCCAUAGUUUUGCCAGUGAUUCUCUCGUUAUUGGCAAAUGUGAGCGAGACUAGUCAAGAAACGCACAAAAACAGCCAUGACUUUUUGGCCCUCACUGUGGCCACUGACGAGACUGACGGAUUCAAACGCUUCCUCCACUCGGCCGAGAUUUACGACAUCCCUGUGACCGUCUUGGGCAAAGGCGAACAAUGGGCCGGUGGAGACAUGCACUUUGCUGGUGGUGGUCAAAAAGUUGAGCUCCUCAAAGAGGAACUCGCCAAGUACAAGGACAAACACAACAAAGUCAUCCUCUUUACUGACAGCUACGACGUGAUUUUCUUGGCCACUGUCAACAAAAUUGUGAAGCAGUUUGAAAAAAGUGGGGCCCGAAUUUUGUUCUCAGCCGAAGGUUUCUGCUGGCCUGAUAAAAGUCUCUCUGUCAAAUACCCGAAUGUUCUUCAGGGAAAACGCUUCCUUAAUUCUGGAGGUUUCAUUGGUUAUGCACCUGAGAUGUACCAACUUGUGGCAACUUGGAAGGGUUCGGCAAAAGAUGACGACCAACUUUUUUACACCGAACGGUUUUUGGACGAAGACGUUCGAGCCGCUCUCAAAAUGAAACUGGACCACAAGGGAGAAAUUUUCCAAAAUUUGAAUGGCGCUGUCGCUGAUAUCGAAUUGGAGUUUACCGAGGAUGGUGCCCUGAUUAACAAUGUGGCCUAUAGGACGAAACCUCUGAUCAUCCACGGAAACGGGCCGGCCAAGCAGGCCCUGAACACACUGGGUAACUACCUGGCCAAAAGCUGGUCUCCAAAUACAGGCUGUACAACAUGUGAAUCUAAUUUGAAGGAACUUCCUGAAGAGAAAUCUAAAUGGCCGUCUGUGUUGGUGGGAGUUUUCGUCCAGCAAGCAACACCAUUCUUGGAGGAGUUCCUUAACAAAAUUGUAGCCCUGGACUAUCCAAAGUCAUCUCUGCACAUUUUCAUCCACAAUAGAGCUGAGUAUCAUGGGAAGCAGCUAGAAGAAUUUGUUUCAAAAUACAAAUCCGAAUACCAGAGUGUUGAAUUUGUUCCACACAUCGAAGAGGUUGCUGAAGAAGCGGGCAGAAACAAAGCCAUAUCUCACUGCGUUGACAUCAACUGUGAUUAUCUCUUUGUGGUUGAUUCCAUUGCCCAUUUGGACAACAAAGAUACCCUGAAAAAUCUCAUCCAGCAGAAUAAGCCAGUGAUUGCUCCUCUUCUGACCAGACCAGGCAAAGCUUGGUCCAACUUCUGGGGGGCCCUGAACUCGGACGGCUAUUACGCACGGUCGGCCGAUUAUCUGCAAAUCGUUGAAGGCGAGCGCAAAGGAGUGUGGAAUGUCCCAUUCAUUAGUGCCUGCUACCUGGCGAAGGGCGCCAUCCUGGCCAAGGAGGACCUGCGGCCCACCUACACCAGUUCCCGUGGCGUUGACCCCGACAUGGCUUUCUGCGAAUCUCUGCGCCACAAUGAUAUUUUCAUGUUUGUCGACAAUUUGAUUGAUUUCGGCCACUUGAUCAACGCAGACAGCUUUGACACGUCCCAUGUGCACAAUGAGCUUUACCAGAUCUUUGACAACAAAUUCGACUUUGAGCAGCGCUACAUUCAUGAAAACUACACUCGCAACUUUAAUCCAAACCACACUGCCUUGCAGCCUUGCCCUGAUGUCUACUGGUUUCCAGUCGUCACGGAGAGAUACUGUGAUGAGUUAAUCGCUGAAAUGGAGAACUUUGGCCAGUGGUCUGAUGGAAAAAAUAGCGAUCCAAGAUUAGACGGUGGUUAUGAGAAUGUUCCCACUCGGGACAUUCACAUGAAGCAGGUUGGCAUGGAGCAGCAUUGGUUGGAGUUUCUCCGAGUCUUCGUUCGACCUUUGCAGGAACAUGUUUUCUUAGGCUACACCCACGAUCCACCUCGAGCAAUCAUGAACUUUGUGGUUCGAUACCGCCCUGAUGAGCAGCCGUUUUUGAGACCUCACCACGACUCAUCCACUUACACCAUCAACCUAGCCCUGAACACUCCCAAAGUGGAUUACGAGGGUGGUGGCUGUCGGUUCAUUCGCUACAACUGCUCCGUGUUGGACACGAGAAAGGGGUGGUUGCUGAUGCACCCUGGCCGACUCACACACUACCACGAAGGCCUCUACGUCACCAGAGGCACUAGAUACAUCAUGGUGUCCUUCGUGGACCCCUAAAUCUGGCGAGCCAAAGCUCGGAACUGCUGCAUUUAACAUUUAAAUCUAGCUUAAAAAUCUUCCAUUCUAAUUUUAACUCAUACAAAAUUACUAAUAGAAUCUCAGCAGCUAGCGUUGAUUAAUUAACUUGGUGUGAAAGUCAUUAAAUCAAGUUAUAUUCCUGCCUGUUGUCAUUUAUAAUAGAUAUUAAUGUGCAAUAAUGUGAAUCAUAUCUGCUAACUGUUCAGCUUUUAGAAGGCUAACUGCCAAAGAAAAUUGAUUUAAAGUUUGGAUGUCACAAAAUCGAAUUAAUUUCCUAGUUCCUUUUUUUACUUACUUUUUCAAUAUAUUAUGAAUAAUGAACGAAUAUUUUUCUUGUAGGAAAAUAUACAUAACUCCAAAUAAAUAUGAAAAUUUAACACAAA